CUGUUCUUUGUUGGUGCUACGGCGUUCGAUGUCCCUUCAGGAAAGACCUACAUUCAUUUUUUAAAAACUACAGCAUUAAAUUAAACGCUUUAGCUGUUUCUUGUUAACUAAGGCGGCAUGAUUGAACCCAAGAAGAGAGUGGCGGGCAGAGGGGGGGGUUCUUCCGCCCCACGGACGGAGCUUGUGGCGGCGGCUCAGUCUCAACAACUCGUGGCCAUGGGCCCCCCACGAAGCUCCAGCCUGCAGGCGCCCAUCAUGUUGAUGUCUGGCCAUGAGGGCGAGGUCUACUGCUGCAAGUUCCACCCGAACGGAGCCACGCUGGCCUCCUCGGGAUUUGACAGGCUCAUUUUGCUGUGGAAUGUGUAUGGAGACUGUGAUAAUUAUGCCACUCUGAAGGGCCAUAGUGGGGCCGUGAUGGAGCUGCACUACAAUACAGAUGGCAGUGUGCUGUUUUCAGCCAGCACAGACAAGACUGUAGGUGUGUGGGACAGUGAGACAGGUGAGAGGGUCAAACGUCUUAAGGGCCACACCUCCUUCGUUAACACCUGCUACCCAGCCCGCCGAGGGCCCCAGCUUGUCUGUACGGGCAGCGAUGAUGGGACAGUCAAGCUGUGGGACAUUCGUAAGAAGGGAGCGAUCCACACUUUCCAGAACACCUACCAGGUGCUGGCUGUGACCUUCAAUGACACCAGUGAUCAGAUUUUGUCGGGAGGCAUCGAUAAUGACAUCAAGGUGUGGGACCUGAGGCAGAAUAAGCUGAUCUAUAAUAUGCACGGCCAUGGUGACUCAGUAACUGGACUCAGCCUCAGCUCCGAGGGAUCAUACCUUCUCUCAAACUCCAUGGAUAACACAGUGCGUAUUUGGGAUGUUCGACCAUUCGCACCAAAGGAGAGAUGUGUGAAGAUUUUCCAGGGCAAUGUUCACAACUUUGAAAAGAAUUUGCUGAGGUGCUCCUGGUCUACUGAUGGCAGUAAGGUAGCUGCAGGCUCAGCUGACAGAUUUGUGUAUAUUUGGGACACCACAUCACGCAGAAUUCUGUACAAGCUGCCGGGCCACGCUGGCUCUGUCAAUGAAGUGGUCUUCCACCCAGAGGAGCCCAUAGUGCUGUCCGGCUCCAGUGAUAAACGGCUCUACAUGGGAGAAAUUCAGUAGGGCGUGCAUAUGUCCACGUGGAAAUUGCGCGUGUGUGUGUGUGUGUGUGUGUGUGUGUGUGAGUGAGUGAAUGUGUGUCCUGCCUCGGAGGUGAAUGGGUGGUGUUCGGCAGAGUACUAGGAGUCUCUGUAAUUCGAUGUGCUUCAGCUCAUCUCAGAACAACCUCAGGACAUAUGUUGGAAGUUUAUUAUACCCAGUAACAACAAGAUCCACCACAACUUGUUUUUUAUUCUGAUCUCUUUUUUUUUUUAAUAAACUCCAGUAAUCUGUAAAAAGAUUUUAUUGGGUU